AUGAUAAUAAAGUUUUUAACUAUAUUUUCUUUCCUAUAUUUUAUUAGUUGUGAAAAACUUAACGGAAUCCAUGAUCCUGUCAAUAGCAGAUUUUUGCAAAGCAAAAUAAAUGUUCUCACAUGGCUAACUAAUGUGAUAUACCCAUCUGAAACCCCAAAAUAUUUCAAAAAAUACUUGGAUUAUAAAUAUUUCUUAAAGCCAUCAUAUGAUCCAAUAGACUUAAAUAAGCAAUGGUUACAAACAAAUGACUGGAAAGCUAACAAUGAAGAUGCAAUAAUAGAAUAUUCAGGGAAAGAAAGUUGUAGAGAAUCAAAUCAUCCCUUUCCGUUUGGAUGGCUAGACAAUAGAAUGACUACUAGGACAUCUUUAAUAAAAAGGGAUUUUUUUUGCAAGAAAACUAUAGCUCAAUUAGAAGUUCAGAUAAAUGAUGCAAAAUCAUGUGGACUUAUUUUUCGAGUAAUUGGUGAAAGAAAUUAUUGGGGGUUAAUAAUUGACAAAAAAAUCUUAAAAUUAAUCCAAGUUAAAGAUGGGGAAUUAAUAAUUUUAAAGGAAUUCAAAGAACUCAAAAUACAGAAUACCAAAUGGUAUGUUUUAUAUAUACAAGAAAUUAUUACUGAUAUAAAAGUUAAAGCGGGAGAAUAUGGAAAUAUUUCUAUUGACUAUCUUCGAAAAACUGAUGAUGAGUCAGAGUAUGACCAAAAAAAACAGGGAGCAGUAGGCUUAUUCGCAAAUGAAGGAAAUUGCAAAUUUAGAAACAUAAUAUUUCGAGGUAAAAAAUGGAGUACUGAAUAUGAAAAAUUAAAAUUUUCAAAAGGGGAUUUAUUAUAUGACCUUGAAGAGAUUGAAGCCUUGUAUGAAAACACAAAAGAUUGGUGUCCUAUGGCUUCUUUAUGUUCUAACAGUAAAUAUGAAUAA